CUCGCCCUCUUUUCUCUUGUCUCGUGCGAAAGAGGAGAAACCAGCAGGCGGCUCCGCGCUCGCGCUCGCCUCCCCGGUUGUUAAGGCACAAGUAGUCUGUGACUUCUCCUCGUUGCGGCUGGACGGUGACAGCUCAGGUCGGCUCGCACUCACUUGUCGGAUUGAGCUCGGAUUUUCGCUUCUUUUGGAUUUCUAUGUUUGGGUUAGCGGUGACGGACUCUCAGCGGCUUAUUGCUUUCACUGUACUGAACCCUGCCUGCUCUGACGCCGUGACUCCAGACAGACACACUGGCUGACAGACGCUGAAAAAGAAGUGGGCAGAUUGGAGGACAGAGGGAGGGAAAACAGGAUGCUAUCACCAACUCUUGGUGCAAGAAGGACACAACACAGAAGCACAACCUCUCGUAAAGCGGUGGUCAGAGUGACAGAGGAGCACAUGAGGAGCGGAAACGGCGUGACAGCAACAUCCUGACCGGUAACCUCGCUUCUGCACCCCCACCACGUGCCCAGCAACUCCAGGAGCGGGGCGUCAGAAGGAAGGAAACGUGUGACCACUCCUCCUGCAGGCAUGAGGUCCUUCCGUUCCUUCAGUAAUGAUGACCGCCACGUCAUGGCGAAACACUCCACCAUCUACCCCUCCUCUAAUGAGCUGGAAGCGGUUCAGACACUGGUGUCCACUGUCGAGUGCGCCCUCAAACACGUCUCAGAUUGGCUGGAUCAGAGCAGCAGCGAUGUCAACAGCCAGGUCGACAGCCAACCAGCAGACAGCACAGAGGAGGAUGAUCCUGGUGAUGACCCCAGCAAUGAAACUGAGGAUUCCAGUGACAGCUAUAGAGAGCCCAGCAGCGGUGGCGUGCUGUGUGGAGUGAUGAGGAUCGGCCUGGUGGCCAAAGGCCUCCUGAUCAAAGGCGACAUGGACCUGGAGCUGGUGCUGAUGUGCAGAGACAAACCCACACAGACACUGCUGGACACUGUCUGUCACAAUUUACCCACACAGAUAGAGAAGCUGACAGAGGAGAAAUAUGAGGUCACGAGCUCCUUGCCUGAGGCGGCCAUCUUGGUACGAACUACAACAGAGCCCAAACUCACGCUGACAAUUACCCUCACCUCACCGGCCAUGAGGGAAGAUGAGGAGGAAGAGGAGGAGGAGGAGGAAGAGGAGGAGUUGGAGAAUGGCGAGGAAGGGCAGGAGGAGGAGGAGGAAUUGGAGGAUGAAAAGGAGGAGCAGGAGAGGAAGAAUGGGCGAGUGUUGGGUGCUGCUGCGCAGAGAGUGGAGGCUGAGGAGGAGGAGGGGGAGGUGCUGGAUAGACACAGAUGUCUGUUGGCCCUGGCAGCGCUGCGACACGCCAAGUGGUUCCAGGCUCGAGUGAACGGGCUCAAGUCCUGCGUUAUCAUUCUCAGGAUACUUAGAGACAUGUGCAAUAGACACCCCGUCUGGGAACCUCUCAAGGGAUGGCCUUUGGAGCUCAUCUGUGAGAAGGCAAUCGCCACCUGCAACAGACCUCUCGGGGCAGGAGAAGCCCUGCGUCGAGUCAUGGAGUGUCUGGCCUCAGGCAUACUGCUACCAGGUGGUCCAGGUUUACACGACCCAUGUGAGAAAGAGCCAACAAACACACUAGCCAACAUGACCGAUCAGCAGGCUGAGGCCAUUACCUACCGCGCACAGCAUGCUCUCAGACUCAUGGCGUUCGGACAGAUCUACAAGGUGUUGGAGAUGGAGCCUCUUCCCUCAAAUAAACCCUCGCAGAAAUACCCGUGGUCUGAUAAAGAAGGCUUAGGUCUCAAGAGGCCAUAUGAGGACGGAGGGAUGGAUGACAAGGACCUCAUCAAGAAGAUGAAAAGGAACCUGAGGAAAGUCCUAGACAGUAAAGCCAUAGACUCCAACCAGCCAAUGAACGCCCUUAUGCGGUUGAACCAGAUCCGGCCGGGGCUGCAGUAUCGCCUGCUGUCCCAGUCGGGCCCGGUUCACGCUCCGGUCUUCACCAUGUCCGUGGAUCUGGAUGGAACCAUUUACGAAGCAUCUGGGUCCUCCAAGAAGACCGCCAAGCUCCACGUCGCCGUCAAGGUUCUCCAGGCGAUGGGCUACCCGACAGGUUUCGACUCAGACCUGGACCCCAUGAGUUCAGAUGAGAAGUCGGAUGGUGAGGGGAAGAGCGAGACGUCAUCGCACACUAGCAAUAACCCAACACACUCCUCGGACAGUUCCAACACACUGGAGGUGCGAACUCAGGGUCCCAUACUGACGGCGAGUGGAAAGAACCCCGUCAUGGAGCUAAACGAAAAGAGACGAGGCCUCAAAUAUGAACUCAUCUCUGAAAGCGGAGGCAGCCACGACAAACGCUUUGUUAUGGAGGUGGAGGUCGAUGGGCAGAAGUUUCGCGGGGCAGGCCCCAACAAAAAAGUAGCAAAGGCCAGUGCCGCUCUAGCAGCUCUGGAAAAACUCUUCUCUGGUCCCAACGCAGCUGCAAACAAGAAGAAGAAGAUAUUGCCUCAGUCUAAAGGAGCCCUGGCUGCGGCAGCAGCAGCCUCAGCAGUAGCAGCUCAGGUAGCCAGAGGAAGAGGAAGAGCAGCACUCGCGAGAGGAGCCUUCGUCAGUGCAGCCGCACCUGGAUAUGUCACACCAGGCUUUGGGACACCGUAUGGCUACAGCCCUGCUGCAGCAGCUGCUCCUGCGUACGGUGGUCUUUUCAUUGACAAUCCCUUCUACCAGCCGAGGACCAUCGCUCCUUUUAUCAUUCAUCUGGGUCCCCAGGAUCUCUUCUCUGACUUCUAGAGGCAGCAGGUUAUCGGAUACUCUCUUCACACUUAACUGUCUGUAUACGCAGGACACCUGUUUUUCUGUCCGUCAAAGCGGACUGCCUUUCUAUCCAGGUGAUGGACUCACAGAUCCAAAACUGUUUUCUUUUGAUCAGUCCGCCGGGGGGAAAAAAACUUUCUGCCCGACAGCAGCGGCAGCAACUAUCUGACAUACUGACAGAGAGGCUCAGAGCUCCUCUCUGUGUAUCCUCCUCUCUCUCCCCCCAGAUUAUCACUUCAGAGGAGAGUAACUUUACACGAAGCAAUACUCGGAUUUUACGAGAUACGUUCAGCUGCGACUGUGCGAGGCUGGGCUGAACUUCUUUCUUAUAGCAAUACACCAGAACUCCUCUCUGCGAGCUUACUUACUUGAGAAGAUGUGAAUGUCCGACGGAGUUUUACCCAACACAGCAUUGCAAUAGCUCAUUCUGAUUGUAUAUUCAUUGUAUGUGUGUGUACGUGUGGCUAUAACAUGACUAUAUACACAUAUAUGUAUGGUGUAUGUUUCUAUAACAAUGUGUUGACAAUAAUAUUACUAUAUGAUGAUGUAUUUAUGUAAAUAUUCUAUAAAAUAUAACUAUUGUUGGUAUAAAUUAUUUUAGAAUUAUAAAGUGAAAUGUAACUGUAAUAUCACGGUAUAGCUUUCUUCCAAUUUUAUAUACACUGAGCAAUUGAAGCUAGUUCUAGGAGAUGCAAUAUUAUCUUUGGUAUUCCUAUUAACCUGUGCUGUUAGAAUAAUAAUGCUUCCUUCUUUCCUUCCUUCAAACUUUUCCUCUAUCUUUGAUGUCUUUCUGAGCCUUUCUGAGCACGCUCUCUGCUGCCCGAGGUUUGUUUACGUGGCCCGGACCAGAGGUGCUCGCUACUACUGAACACACUCAUCACCUAAUCACACCUGCACACACAGACACACACACACAAACACACACACUUUUCCUGUCAGAAAGCACAUUUUCUAUAGUCUCACUGCUGGCAGGGAAUACUGUUGUUACAAAUACAGUACUGUAUGUGUAUAGUAUGUGUAUACUCUGAUGUACGCGCUGCUCCAUUUGCCAUUCACUCAUGUUAGCGGACUCACCCAUCAACACUCGGAACAAUCUUCAGCUCUGUCCCGCUCGCCUUAGGGACCAAAAGCACAGCUCACUCACACGCAUUACUUUACACUCACACAUUCGCACACCCUUCCCUCCACCCUCCUAUGGCAAUCCUCUACUGUACAGACGUGAGGCUGCAGGUGACAGAUAUUAGUUGAUUGUCAAGAGCCUUCCUAGACAAAGGGAAAGACAGCACAAACUAACUAAUGAAAGGUAUAGCCCAGGAAAAAUCUCCACAAGUGGGACACUAAAAUUGGAUGUCAUGUCCCUUUCUUGGGAAGCUUGGCACAUUUCAGUGGCUGGUGAUGUCACCUAAAGGUUUUUUGAGGAAUGGGGUUUAACCUUUGGUUGCCUUUGCCGAUCACUGAAGCCAGGAAAUUGGAGCAAAAGAAACCUGGCUGGAGCUGAAGUGGACUGAGGAAGUUUCAGUUAGGGUUGCACCGAUCCAGAGUGCCUGAGUAUUGGCAGCAUCAGUCUUGAAUUUAAAACAAUUCUAGUAAGUUCCACACACUGAGGAUUGCAGAUUUGACAUUUAGAAAAAAGACUUGCAUUGGAUUGGUACUUGGUGUUGGCAGAUACCAAUAGAUUGUGUUAAAUAAUGGACGCAGCUACCAUUUUGUCACUCAGUGGAUUGCGGGCUGCCACUUUGAAGUAGUUUGGCCGUUGCCAUCUUGCUUAUAUGGAGCCAGAAGUUACUAUAUUGGAACGUCUUAAGUGCUGUAUCGAAGGCAACUGGACUUGCUUGAGUUUCUUGAAGAUGUUUCACCUCUCAUCCAAGUGGCUUCUUCAGUUCUGGAGUUCUUCAAAAUUCCAGAACUGAGCACUUAAGAUUAUCAUGACUUGGAUGACUGAAAAUCUUGAUGAAUAUAUAUUUGGACAAGAGAGUGGAGCUUAAGAGCAGCAUGAGGGGGAUCUGACUCAUAGACCUUAGUGACACCUGUCACUUAAGUGGCCAUGCCCUUACCUAUGUGUAACAUCAAGCCUUGCGAAAAUUAGCUAUAGAAACCAAAACCAUUUAUUGUAUCAGGCUGAAAACAUGUUUAUUUCCACUGUGGAGUUCAACAUUUUAACACUGGAGUCUAUGGGGAUUGACUCGCUUCUGGAGCCAGCCUCAAGUGGCCAUUCAAGGAACUGCAGUUUUUGGCAGUAAAGCGUCAGCUUCAUUUUUCAGACCCUGAGUUGAGGUUUUGGCAUUGGGAGAGAAAAAGUUGGAUUGGUCUUGGCAUCUCCUUUCAGCCACCUGUCUAUCAUGCAAACACAACACAAAACUUCUCUGUAAGGCUAAAUAUGCUGUCAAUAGAACAGUGAUUCUGGACAUUUCCACUGCAACACAUAUUUGAGGAAGCAAAAUUAUCUUUGGAGAUUGAAAAGUAUAUUUACUUUGUAUUUUGAGAUGAAGAUCAGAUCUUUUUAAAGAUUUUAAGCCUCCUUAUGCAGUUUGCAUGUGAAGGCACUUCUGCACUGGCCUCAGCUGUCAGCCAGUGAGGAAACUGGAGUCUGGUCAUCAUUUUUAGACUCAAAAUAGAUGUAUAUUGCUUCGUAGUAGUUGACUGUAUAGUACUUGUGUUGUGGGUUUAAUGCUGCUAUAGCCCUCAUUGAAUUAAUGCAGGUACUAAUUAGACUGAGAGAUGAGAUAUCCCAUUAAACUGGAAAGUGCUUUGUGCAUAACAAUGUGUUGGGUCUAAUUUUGGGGUAUUGUUGGAGCCAAACAGGUGUCACAACACACUGAGAUAGCAGUCAAAGCAUACACACAGUACUCACUCAGCGCUGUGUGGGAUUUUUGCAAAUUUCUGUGGUGCUUACAUGCCGCUGAAAGCUCUUCAUCAGUUUUUAUUUUUUAUUUUUAGCCCUUAAUAGAGAUGAGGUGUCAGUCAGCAGAGGCAAAAAUUGAACAGAAUGUGCAUCAAAAGGCUUUGAUUCUCUUCACGCUAGCCUUGAUCUGGGCGCCAGUUUGAUCUUGCGUGUUUGUGUCUGCUUUGAUUCAACAAAAAGCACGUCUGAGAAUGAGAAAAUAGACUCGCUAAGGUCUAUUUUUUAAGACAAUAAGUCAGAUUUGCGUUAGAUUUUGUGACACUGCUGUGCUGACAGCGAAGAUAAUUUGACAAGGUUACUGAAGAUGGGAUAAAAUGUGCCAUCAAGCUGUGAUUGGCAGAUUGGAGGUUAACUGGAGGAUAUCCUGCGCUUCCUCCUCUUGUGCUUUGUGUGUUGGAGCGGUGGGGUCAAGCACACAAGCUCUCUGUGAUUUAUGUUUGAACAGUUGGUUCCUCAAAACAACUGGACUCAUCCACACAGGGUGCUGUAUGCGAGUCCACUGUAGUAGCCACUGAACUCCUCACAACAAAUUUCCUUUGCUAUUCCAAGCAUUUCCCAUCAAAUCAAAGACCACCUUUGGUCGUCUCAUCUCACUGCAGAGAGGGACUGCUUUGCCAUGACUUUUCAUUCUCGUGUGGAAUUCACAUGGAGGUGAAAAACUUGGAGCUUUGCUGUGUGGAAAUUUCCCCUCUGCCCUCUCUCCCUCUGUCUUUCUCUCUUUGCCCCCGUCCUCUCCGUCCAGAUGGCCCACAUUAAUAAGGCAGACAGUCAUACCUCAGUGAGCAACCUUUUCAUUUCCCCUCAGACUGAACAGACACACAGGAGGAGUCACCCUGACUACUGACCCUGUCCUCUUGGUCUGCUGGCUGGACGACAGCGUUCAGAGGAAGGGUGGUGGAGUGAGAGCUCAGGGAUACGCGCUCGGUCUGGCACAGGCAGUCUCGUGGGACCGUAGAGGUUGGGGAGUUGUUGACUUCUAGUUAGGAUGAGGUCUCUCGUGUGUGUUUCUUGUUAGGCUUUACAGUGAGAUGUGAGGGGAAAUAACAGUUUACUGCUAUCUGAAAGCCCAUCCUGGUUUGAUUAAAAAAUAAUAUUCAAAGUAUCCAUGUUGUUUGUUGUCUCAUAGGGAUUAAUGCAGGGAAAAAAAGAAAAAUAUAUCUUAUAUUGUUGUUUGAAGAUCAAGUGUGUAGGAUUUAGGAAGAUAUAUUGGCAGAAAUGGAUUAUUGUUGUUUUCUUAAGUAUAUAAUCACCUCAACAUAAGAAUAAUAAUAUUUUUGUUACCUUUUGUUACCGCUGGGAGCAGGUCCUUGUUUAUGGAGUUGGCCAUAUUGCACAUGUCAUGUCAUGUUUCUACAGUAGCCCAGAAUGGACAAACCAAACACUUGCUCCAAACAGGGCCAUUCAUGUUUUCAUAUCAACCACUGUACUGUGCUGUCCUACCACGGCAAGCCAAACAGCAUUGGAAAAACACAGAUUUUUAAUGUGAAACUGUUUUCUCAGUGUUUUUACUGUUCUAAAUCACAUGCUCUGUUUGUGCUUGAGAGGAAAAGACCUCUGUGGAUAAUUCGGCUCCUGGUAAAGAUCUCUCGAACAUCUGCUUUUUAAGUUAGCAGAGAGAAGCGGUGAGCACACGUUAGCAGGUGCUAGGCUACCGGCUCUCCUGGGACAAGCCUAACAGGAUUGGAGAAACACUGAUUUGACCGUGAAACUGCUUUGAUCAGUGUUUUAAUCAUCUGGUUUGUUUGUUUUGGAGAGGAAUAGACCUCUGCGGAUAAUUCGGCUCCCGGUAAAAACCUCCUGAACAAUGAACACUGAAGGAAUCCUAACAGCACAUACUUGGCACAUGGGAGAAGUUAGCGUGAAAAACAAGGAGGAAAAUGAAACUAGUGCUGCUCCUUUCACACCCACAUAAAAAAAAGCUUUAUUAAGAACAUGCAGAAGUAGUCAGAUAGUUUCCAGCUGUGUUUCCUACUGCAGUGUCAGGAAGAUGAUGAUUCCAGCAGUACUCCACUAUGACAUAUCUCAAAAUAGAAAACAUUACUGUCAGGCAUUUUUCCCAGAAGAAACACGCUCUAGGUAGCUCUGAUUGAAGGCCUAGACAGUUAUGUCCAAGUGGAUAACUUUUCUAGAGAGUAAUGGUUGUUUGUCCUGGACUUCGGUCCUGCUGAGUUUUCUGAUGGAUGCUCUUCCUGCUCCAGUGUUCCCCAGAAAUGUCUCACUAUGAAAGAGGGAAAACGUGGCAGCCAUUGUAAACACACAAACACACACCACCUCCCUGCAUCUACACUUUCACAAUCACCGCCUCUCUGUGGGCGUUCCACAACGACACCUGUAAAUCUAAGAAGCACAAAGCACACACGAGCAAUACACCCACACAUCGUUCUCAGGGCCACCUGACACACACACACACGUGUAUGCAAAUAGACUCACACAUGUAAUUGUAUAUGUAAAUAUUUUAGCAUUCACCAACAAUAACAGCCAAGCACAUUGAGACAGCGUGACAUUCUUUGCUCCGUGGUUUGUAUAUUACACAUAAGAUUGUACUGUGUGUAGUGAGAGUCACACAAGUGGUUAUAGGCCUUGUUUGUACUUUUAGGAUUUGAGCCAUGCAUAGCUGAAAAAACACAUCUCCCCCAUUUGUUAUCUUGGUGCUUUGUAACGGGCUGUCUGUAGCACUGUAUAUAAUGGAUUUUACUUUUGCUUCUUGGAGAAAUAGCAGUUAUCUAUGAACGACCCAAGCUUUGCUGACAGGAGAAAAGAGCUAGGAAGGAAAAGUUUUUUGGCACCAAACACAGGAGCUUUGCGCGUUCAGAUGCUGCAAUAUGUUCAGUGGUUAAAGGGUUCUGAGUGCUUUCGUUGCCAGGGAACAAAAGCUUUUUGGACUUUCUAUUUGGAGACUGUCAAACCCAGUUUCCCUAAGGCACCUCUUCAUCCCUCUGCCAGGUCAAAGGCCAGAGAGGGAAAGCGAAUGAUGCAGAGAUGCUGCUGGGAAACGGGUUCUGGUUUGUUCCGCUGAAUGGGAUUUAUCCAGACACCAAAGACUCUGAAGCCUUUGUUGCACAAAUCUGAUCAUCCUUGCAGUCUCAGAAGUGAGAAAUCAUGUGGUAUGUGAUCUGAUAUUCACCGUCUAGACAGUUGAAAUAUCAGGUGAAGAAGACAAAUCUGAUCUCUUGUGUGUAAGUGAAGGAAAAGUGUGUCUUGCUCAUUCUUGCAGAGAGUUGGGUUUUAAGUCUGGGAAUCGGGCUAAAUUUGUCUGGAAGCAGAGGGAGAGGAGCUGCAGAAAGAGCCCGGAAAGACCAUCGGCGAGCUGCUCUGAACUCUGCAGAGUGGCAGAAAUAGAUCCGAGAUCAUGUUUCGACUGCCGAGGCAAAGCGAACCAGACUAACUGCUGAACACAUCAUUUUCUGUCUGCGUAUGUGUGUGUUUGUGUGUGUGCACAUGUGUCGUGUGUAUGGAGGGGGAAUGUGUGUGUUUGUGUGUUCGUCUGGCAAGCACAUAAACAGGAGGGUAAUGGGAAGCUAUUUCACACCCAUAUGCACGCACACAUAAACACACACUCAACAUUGCAGCCACAUUGAGCAUGUUGUCACUGGUCAUGAUCCACUGAUUGUUUAAGUCCAAUAUCCUCCUGAUAAACGAUCGAAGCAUUUUGGUUGGGAAUGUACACUGUUGUUAUAGUGAUUGUAGAGUAGAAUGUAUUUACUCAUAGAAAGAGUAAACUUGCUUUUUUGUAGAGAAGCAUAUAUACAGAAUAUAUAUGGAUACAUACAUAUAUAUACAUCUAUAUAUCUUUUGAACUACUUGUGUGUGAGAGUUGUUUUGGGCGCAUCCACCCUUAGGAUUCAUAAUUUUUCCCCCCCUUUGAAAUUUAAUUUAUAUGUUUUGACAAAAGUAGCGUCUUAAGAGUGAUGAGUGUUUACUUUUUCCUGUAAAUAUGAUUUUUUUAUUUUAUUUUUGACAAAAAGGGGAUUAAAAGAAACUGUUUUACGAUGCUGCCUACGAAACUAUGAAGUGAUAUCUGUCCACAGAAUUUGUUUUGAUUCAUGAAAUUAUCAAAGUGAAAUUUUUGUGAAAUGUGACAAUAACAGGGUGAGAGUUUCACAGGUUACGCUCAACAGAGGCCAAUGAAAAUGAAUGAGGGGGGUCAUUUGAACUCACUGUAUUGAUCGUUUUGAUUAGUAGCAAAAUUCACAGCAGUGAUGAUCUGUGGUUGUCACUGUUUUUGACAUAAUCUAUGCUUGACGGACUGAAAAUAAAUCGGAGAAA